AUGGUUUUAGUGUUCUGUUGGACAGGAUUGGGAGCUGCUGACGGUAACGUGGAGAUUUACUUUGACUAUUAUGUGGACUUUACUCUAAAACAAAGCAAUGGAGAUUGCUGUCUCCCUGCUGCUGGUGUUUGCUUGGAGAGCUGUGCCAACUAUUUUGAAGUGUGUUAUCGACCUGGCAAUACAACUGAACUCUUUCUGACCUGUCAGACAACUGGAGUGCUUCUCACUGCACCUCAUCCAGUAUUUCUAUCGCUUUCUAGCAUAAUAUUUACAUUAAACCAAACAUUGGGAAAUGGUGUAAGGAACCCCAUUUCUUUGUUUUUUAAAGGUUCCUGGCCGGGUGGAUUGAAUCUGGAAGUUAAUGUGUCGAACAAUUACACAAGUCCUCCUGCAUUGAUAGUGUCAUUUGAGUAUGAGGAUAGUAACACCAGCUAUGGAAAUUUUAGUUCACUAAUAUCUUUGGAAGAUUUCACUAAAACAAAAUUUCUUGAUAUUAAGUGGCGAGUGAGAUGUAGUGAUAAUUUCUACAAUGAGGAUUGUUCCAUAUUCUGUAAACCUGUGGAUGAUGUCAGUGGCCACUAUGACUGUUUAUCAAAUGGAACAAAGAGUUGCCUUCCAGGAUGGACAAAUCCACAAAACAAUUGUACUACAGCUUUAUGUGCAAGUGAGUCGUGCCAGAACAACGGAUCAUGCAAAAUUGAGUUUGGCGAGAUUAAGUGUAACUGCAUCAUUGGAUACGGAGGAGACUAUUGUGAAACAAGUUAG